AGGUCUAGGCUUAGAGGCUUAGUUUAGCUUUGUUAGUCCAUUUUCCACUUUUUUUUUUGCACUGUCUUGUGGCUUGAUCAUUCUGUUGCUGCCAGCUACGCCGCUUUUAUGGUUCUUGUUUGUUAUCGAAGUGAAGAUUGGACUUCGUCGAUGAUUAGGGUUUUGAGGGUGCUCGAGUUACUACUUGCAUCUGUGACUUUGAGCUUGUCCGAGUUGUUUCUUGUGGAGCAUGCGGAAACGUCUUCAGAAUUAGAUCAUUGACUACACGCGCGAGUCUGGGCGUGAUCUUACGUAGUUCUGUGCUUCCUCGGGAGUCUUUGGGUUUGUAGGAUUUAGUUUGGCCUGCUAAUAUACUUCGAGCUUCAUCAUUUUUCCCAUGGAAGUGAGAUCAGAGCCAGGAAUUGUGCCGUUCAGUUCCGGCGUCCAGAAAAGCCCAGUGCAAACCCAGUCGCCGAUGCAGAGUAUGCGAUUGGUUUAUUCGCAGGAUGGAACGGCGUUAUACAAGCCGAUUACCACUACCACGAACACUUCUCCCGCUCCUGCUUCUUCUCCUGUUCCUGCUCCUCCUUUUGUUCCUGCUGCCUCUGCUUACGAAGGAGGAGGCGGAGGGGGAGGGGGCAGUGGGAGUAUUGAACUUCCCUCUUUAGGUUUGCCUGCACAAGGCUUGAAUAUCAACACCGGGGAUUCACUGAAGCGGAAACGAGGGCGACCGAGAAAGUACGCCCCUGAUGGCACAAUGGCUCUUGCUUUAACCCCUUCACCAACUGGAGCAACGGUGAAGCGCCGGCCUUAUAACUCCAAGAAGAAGCAGCAGCUGGCUGCUUUAGGAUCAGCUGGGAUUGGUUUUACACCUCAUGUUAUUACUGUGAAGGCAGGAGAGGAUGUAUCGUCAAAAAUAAUGUCCUUUUCUCAGCAUGGUCCUCGUGCUGUUUGCAUUCUUUCAGCAAAUGGUGCGAUAUCUAAUGUAACAUUACGUCAAGCGGCAACUUCAGGUGGCACUGUAACUUAUGAGGGACGAUUUGAGAUAUUGUCACUGUCAGGCUCAUUUCUACUUACAGAGAAUGGAGGACAACGAAGUCGUACAGGUGGAUUGAGUGUUUCACUUUCUGGUCCUGAUGGCCGUGUGUUGGGUGGCGGAGUGGCUGGAAUGUUGACUGCAGCUUCUCCGGUUCAGGUUGUCGUGGGGAGCUUCAUUGCUGACGGGAAGAAAGAACAGAAGCAGAGUGUUCCUGGAGAACCGAUGUCUGCUCCUGAAAAACUUGCACCAGUAGGGGGGAUGAUGGCCCACAGCCCACCAUCACGCGGCACCCUGAGCGAAUCCUCAGGCGGACCUGGGAGCCCAUUCAAUCACAGUACUGGGACAUGCAACAAUGGCAACCAGCAGGGAUUGCCUAACAUCCCAUGGAAAUGAGUUGCUGAUUAUGCCCCCCUUUAGGCCUAGUCUUUAGUGACUCGAAACGAAUUACUGCUGUUUCAUCUGGUUGGUUCUUCUGCUCCUCCCAUUGUUGUGCUAGUUGAUCGAAGUUUGUUUUUUUUAGUAAACUAUUAGGGAUUCGGUUGUAGUUUGUGUUAGAUUUCAUUAGGUCAUGUUUCACUGCUAAUCUAAUGUACUGUUUGUUCUACUAAUGCCUGAGAAGCAGCCAAACUUCUGUAUAAAAGGUAUUGCUAUUGCAUGUGUAUUAACACUCGACUCGAUCUAAACGUGUGCCUUUGUUAGCGUAGUCUUCA